AUGGGCUGUUUUCAAUCUAAGGAAAAAUCAAUUAACAUUGCUGGGCACUUUAAUAAGGAUCUAAGAGAGCCUCGGAAUACUGUACAGAGGUUUCCUUACGAGAAGGUUCUAACAACCCUUCCCUUCAGAGAAGAUAUCCUUGAAUUAUGUCAACUUGACCAGAAGGUUCAUGGCAAGAAUGCCCAGCCUACUUCAACUGAGAGGAACAAGUAUUUGAAAUUGAGAUCUGCUAUACAGAAUGAUUUGAAUAAACUUAACAAGAAAUUGGGAAAUACUGAGGAAUUCCUUUAUGCAGACACCAGGGGUCUGAAGGUUGAACAACUCCAGAGCUUUGAUUUUGUAGACCCAUACUUCCCACCAUCACAGCAGUCUCUGUUUGACUCAAAGAUGGGCAGACACCCAAUGGCUGACACUUGGGAAGCGUUUACUUGGAAACGCCCUUCUGAGGUGUAUGGAGAAGGCAAUUAUGAUAUUUUCCGAGAAAUUCAUCCAAACGAUAUCAAGCAAGGUUAUUGAGGAGACUGAUAUUACCUCUCAGCUCUGAGUGGUCUUGCUGAGUUUCCUGAUAGAGUCAGGAAAAUAUUCCAAAUCAAUAAGAUCAAUUCUAUAGGCUUUUACGAAGUGACCUUGUACAUCACUGGGGAGAAAAGAACAGUCUACAUUGACGACUACUUCCCAUAUUCAGGAAGAAACGAGGACUGGGCAUUCUCAAAAUCAGUAGACAACGAGAUCUGGGUACUUCUUUUAGAGAAAGCUUGGGCUAAAGUUCAUGGGAACUACCAGCGCAUAGAAGGAGGAAACACUGCUGAGGCCUUGAUGGUCAUCACCGGAGCUUAUGUAGAUUAUAUUUUUCACAACCAGGUGUUUAACAAGGACAUUCUCUGGCGAAGGAUUUUUAACGCCGACCAGAACAAGUAUGUGAUAGCUACUUCAGCCUCCAGUAAGAGGACGGGCAAGCAGAGUGACCAACUCAAAGAUUUUGGAAUUGUAGAUGCCCAUGCGUAUACACUUAUUGAAGCUCAACCAAUCAUGACCUCUGAUAAGUCCAAAGUCAGACUUCUUCAAUUAAGAAAUCCUUGGGGGUUCGAAGAGUGGAAGGGAGACUGGUCAGACCACGACAAGAAAAACUGGACUGAUGACCUGAAAAGAAAGUUGAACUACGAAGCUCGUGAAGACGGUGUAUUUUAUAUCGAUUUUGAGAACUAUCUCGGAUAUUAUUACAACACUUCUGUAUGCAAGUAUCAGAAGGGAGAGGACUUUCAGUAUUACUAUGAUAUUGACACUUGAAAAGAAUAUUCUAUAUUCCAAUUUAGAGUAAACAAGUCGAAAAUGAAGACGAAGGUUUUCUUGUCUGUAAACCAGCUAAAUAAGAGAUUUUAUACAAAAAAUCAGUCUUUCCAAUAUGCAGGAGUCAAAGUAAUGGUAGCCAAAGUUGUAGGAGAUCAGCUGAAAUUUGUUGAUGGAGAUGCUGCCCAAUUUUCCUCAGUCCAGGUUGAACUCAAGGAUCUACCAAGUGGGCAAUAUCUUGUGUUUUGAUUGCCAAAAUGGGACCAUAAUCAUCAUUGAAGAAAUUUAGUUUGCUCGAUUUAUAUCAACCAGGAGACAGAGAUCAGCAGGACUUAUUACAAAAGAUACUCACCAACAAUUAUGAGAACAAUGCAAUCCUGGCUUCAAGACAGAAUCUCCCUUGGAAAGGACUAUCAGAGACAGAAUUUAGAGGACGAGUCUGAAGGAGAGAGCGAUUUGCCUGAUGAUGAAGAAGAGAAAAUCCCUCUGAAUGAGGAAACCAAAGAAAGUAUCCUAAUAUCCAAGGCUACUCCUGUAAUGAAGCAGACUAAAACUUCCCUAGCCGUGAUUAGUUCAUCAAGGUUCUUUAGGAGGAAGUCUAAAGUUUUAGUAGAAAAAGUGUUUACAGAUAUAAAACUCGUACUGAAAACAGAAACCCAGAAGGAGCAUCUUUAUAUAAAAAUCUCUGGAACUGAGAUCGACAAGCAUUGCCAGUUAGAGCGGUUUAAGAACAAAAAGAUUUACACUUAUAAGCUAAAAGAGGAUGAGAGGAUUGGCAACAUCUCUUUAUGUGCGAUCAAGGAGUCUGGGGCUGAUGCCAAACCAUGUUUUUCCAAGCUCAUUUUCAAGGACAUUCUCACCACUUAUGACGAGGAAUCUAAAGAAGAUGAUGAGCGUGAGCUCAUCAUUGAGUAUACACUUCAAGAUCAGCAAGAGAUGGAGUCUGGCGAGCAGUCAGUUUUUGAGAAUUUUACAGAUGAUAUUAAUUUCAACGUUGAGCUCGAGUAUAGCUCAGCAGCCACAAAGAAGAAGAAAUGGGAUGAUAUUGCAGUUGAGCCUAAGGAAAAGGAAAUUGUCAACCUAACUUCAGUUAACCAAGGAGGAAAGAAGAGUGCUUAUUCAGGGAGUAUAGUCACGCUUUAUAAUAUAAAGCCGGAAAGAAUCUCGUAA